UGAAUGCACGUAUACAUAUGGAUCAAUAUAAUAUUACAUUAAAACCAUGAUUCCUUUGCAAAUAAUAAUUCACUAACACUACUUCACGUAAAUUUCCCCUGUAACACAAGUUACAAUACAUUAACCAAACUUGUUCAUUAACUAACCUAACCAUUUCAUGUUUAGCGAUUGACCUGAGGUUCUAACUCAUUCUUUCAACAUGGCAUGCACUUCACCAACUUGUCUGGCCAAAAUAAUGGAAUUGCGCGCAAACCUACAAGAAUCCCAACAACAAUGCGAGUUAGCCAAAAUUCAAAGGGAUCAUGCAAUCAAUGAAUUGGCUAAAUAUAAACCACUUAUGAACGUGGCAGCACCACAUGCCAUUAUGCCAGUGACUGCAAAAAGUGAUCAAACUUGUUGCAUUUAUGUGUCGAACAUACAUCAGUACGUAACAGUCGAACAUCUGUUUAAGUUGUUUGAUCUUUACGCUGACAUUAAUGCUAUAACGCUUAGGGACGACCAUGCACACAUUGAAUUAACAUCAACUGUGGAUGCUGAAAGAGGUAUGAAAUAAAGUUAAU